GAAGCAAUACUCAACACAAUGUUCUCCAAACUGGUAGCUCUUUGCGCCGUAGUGGCGGUGUCCUCGGCCGGACUCUUGCCUGCUCCUGUACACUACUCUUCCGCGUCUGCCGUCUCCUCUCAGAGCAUUGUACGUCAUGACGAACAUGCUACUCCCGUCGCCAAGCUAGCCCUUGCAGCCCCAGUCGCGUACCAUGCUGCACCUGUCACUGUAGCUUACCACGCUGCCCCCGCGGCCGUCACCUACCACGCAGCUCCUGCUCCCGUCGCCUACCAUGCCGCUCCUGCUUCCAUCGCCUACCACGCCGCUCCCGUUGCUAAAGUGAUUGCUCCUGUGCACUACUCUUCAGCGUCCGCCGUCUCCUCUCAGAGCAUCGUACGUCACGAUGAGCACGCGACUCCCGUCGCUAAGCUAGCCAUCGCAGCCCCCGUCGCGUACCACGCUGCACCCGCCACCGUGGCUUACCACGCUGCCCCCGCCGCCGUUGCCUACCACGCUGCCCCCGCGGCCGUCACCUACCACGCUGCCCCUGCACCCGUUGCCUACCACGCCGCUCCUGCUUCCAUCGCCUACCACGCCGCUCCCGUCGCUAAAGUGAUUGCCCAGCCUGAGGAAAUCGCCCACCCCAAAUACGAGUACAAUUACUCUGUUGCUGACGGACACACCGGUGACAACAAGCAACAACAAGAAUCCCGUGAUGGUGAUGUCGUGAAGGGAUCGUACUCUUUCCACGAAGCCGAUGGCUCUAUCAGAACUGUUGAGUACUCCGCUGACGACCACAGUGGUUUCAACGCCGUAGUACACAACAGCGCCCCCACCCCUCACUACUCCUCAGCUGCUGCUGUCUCAUCACAAAGCAUUGUGCGUCACGACCAGCCCCACGCUGUGGCUGCUAAGAUCGUGGCUGCCGCUCCUGUAGCCUACCACGCUGCACCCGUUGCCUACCAUACUUCUCCCGUAGCCUACCAGUCUUCACCCGUGCACUACUCUUCCGCCGCCGCUGUAUCUUCGCAAAGCAUUCAACGUCAUGAUCAACCUCAUGCCACUAUUGCCCACUACGCUGCCACACCCGUCGCCCACUACGCUGCGGCUCCCGCUGCUCACUACGCUGCUGCCCCUGUUGCUCACUAUGCUGCUGCACCAGUAGCUCACUACGCUACUGCCCACGAGGACGAAUACGCUCACCCCAAAUACGACUUCUCAUACUCCGUAGCUGAUGGUCACACCGGCGACAACAAGUCUCAACACGAGAGCCGCGACGGUGACGCCGUGCACGGCGAGUACUCUCUGCUCGAAGCUGACGGCUCUGUGCGUACAGUUCAGUACACCGCUGACGCACACAACGGUUUCAAUGCCGUGGUCAGCAACUCCGCUCCCGCUAAACACGCCGCUCUUGCUCCAGCACAUAUCCUCGCACACCAUUGAUUUAGUCAUUUGUUAUUAUUAGUUAUUUAUUAUUUAUGUAUUCUUUCAAGGUAACUGUAAUUUUUAAAUAACGUACGAAAUAUAACAAUUCCAGUUAAA